UUUGUGCAAUGCAACAAAUACAAUACCGAGGAGGAGAAGAAGAAGCUCGAGCAAUGGCGGAGCACGUGCUGCCCACGAGCAACGAGCUUUCGCUGGCCCACAUGGACACUUACUUCGGGUUCACAAACUACGAGGAAAACGACGGCUCUGGCAACGAAUUUGUCUUCGAGAUCGACCGCAGUUUACUCAUUGACCCACGCGGAAUAACAUAUGGCCGUGAGAUCGGUGAAGGGCCUCACUCCAUUGUCUAUGAAGGAUUGUACAAAUCGAAGGUCGUAGCUGUAAAGGUUAUUCAGCCGAGCAGAACAUCAGAUGUAAGUCCUGAGUCUAAGGAAAAAUUUCAGAGAGAGGUUACCUUGCUAUCAAGGGUGAAACAUGAAAAUGUUGUGAAGUUUAUUGGGGCCUCUGUGGAACCGUCUAUGGUAAUAAUUACUGAGCUUAUGAGGGGUGGUACUCUUCACAAGUACUUACUGAGCAACCGUCCAAACACUCUUGAUCUGAAGCUUUCUAUAAGUUUUGCACUGGAUAUCUCGCGAGCGAUGGAAUACUUGCAUGCAAAUAGCAUCAUCCACCGUGAUCUGAAGCCAAGCAAUCUUCUUCUCACCGAGGACAAGAAACAAAUUAAGCUGGCUGACUUUGGGCUAGCUAGAGUGGAGAUAUCAGGCAAAAUGACUAUUGAGGCUGGUACCUUUAGAUGGAUGGCUCCUGAGUUAUUCAGCCUAGACCCUCUUCCAAGUGGAGCAAAGAAGCACUAUGAUCACAAGGUGGAUGUAUACAGCUUCUCAAUAGUUCUCUGGGAGUUGCUCACAAACAAAACUCCAUUCAAGGGAAGGAAUAACGUGAUGGUUGCAUAUGCGACAGCAAAUAAUGAAAGGCCUAGCGUACAGGACGUUCCGAAAGCUCUUGUCCCCUUCUUAGAGUCCUGUUGGGCAGAAGACCCAAAAUGCCGACCGGAAUUCAUGGAAAUCACAGACUUCCUCCACAGCUUUUGCUCGACGCUAACCAAGCCUCCCAACGCGGUUGAGAUUGAAGAUCGCAAGAGCAACAAGAAGGUAGAGUCUGCAAGCACUGGCCAUUUGAUAAAGAAGUAUGAAGAAAAGGGCAAUAAGCGAAAGAGUUUGUUGCCUAGCCUUUUCCAUUGCUUUGAAGAUUGCUUUUCUGAUUGACUGAAUGGCGUGAUGAAUCCUGUGCUGGGUUUUUGUAAGGUCUGAGGGACUCAGCUCAGGGUUGGAAUGGAUGUACAUGGUUGAUUAUAUCUGUCUCCUUUGUAUUGUACACCUUCAAAGCCAGAUGGAUUCUCAACAGAAUUGCCAUUUUGGUUCGAACAUUGUACAGAACUCAGGACACAAAGAGAAAUAGGAAAUCAAUGAAAAAGGGAAGAAAUCUGAAGA